CGUAACAUGGCCGUUGCCUGGUGAGCGGGGCUGAUGCAGGGCUGGAGCUAGUCGCGAGAAUCUUUAGGCACUAGCGUGCGGGGGCGGGGCCCAGGCCCGGGUUCUGAGGCGGCACGCGGCGGCGGAACGAGACAGGUGGGCCGGGGCUGGCGUAGUCCAUGAGCGGGCGCCAGAGGCAGCGCCGAGCCGCAGACUCCCCUAGACCCCGGCGCGGCCGGGGCACUCUCGGGCUGAGGAGUCGCGGGGCUCCGGGGGACAUUCUGAGUUGUCACCAUGAACCCCGAGAAGGACUUCGCGCCGCUCACACCCAACAUCGUGCGCGCCCUCAAUGACAAGCUCUACGAAAAGCGGAAGGUAGCAGCGCUGGAGAUCGAGAAGCUGGUCCGGGAGUUCGUGGCCCAGAACAACACCGUGCAAAUCAAGCAUGUGAUCCAGACCCUGUCUCAGGAGUUUGCCCUGUCUCAGCACCCCCACAGUCGGAAAGGGGGUCUCAUCGGCCUGGCUGCCUGCUCUAUCGCACUGGGCAAGGACUCGGGGCUCUACCUGAAGGAGUUGAUCGAGCCGGUGCUGACCUGCUUCAAUGACGCAGACAGCAGGCUGCGCUACUACGCCUGCGAGGCGCUCUACAACAUCGUCAAGGUGGCCCGGGGCGCCGUGCUGCCCCACUUCAACGUGCUCUUUGACGGGCUGAGUAAGUUGGCUGCUGACCCAGACCCCAAUGUGAAAAGUGGAUCUGAGCUCCUGGACCGCCUGUUAAAGGACAUCGUGACCGAGAGCAACAAGUUCGACCUGGUGGGCUUCAUCCCCUUGCUGCGGGAGCGGAUUUACUCCAACAACCAGUACGCCCGGCAGUUCAUCAUCUCCUGGAUCCUGGUUCUGGAGUCCGUGCCAGACAUCAACCUGCUGGAUUAUUUGCCAGAGAUCCUGGAUGGACUCUUUCAGAUUCUGGGCGACAACGGCAAAGAGAUUCGGAAAAUGUGCGAAGUGGUCCUUGGAGAAUUCUUGAAAGAAAUUAAGAAGAACCCCUCCAGCGUUAAGUUUGCGGAGAUGGCCAACAUCCUGGUGAUCCACUGCCAGACCACGGAUGACCUGAUCCAGCUGACAGCCAUGUGCUGGAUGAGGGAGUUCAUCCAGCUGGCCGGCCGCGUGAUGCUGCCCUACUCCUCUGGGAUCCUGACCGCCGUCUUGCCCUGCCUGGCCUAUGAUGACCGCAAGAAAAGCAUCAAGGAGGCGGCCAGCGUGUGCAACCAGAGCCUGAUGAAGCUGGUCACCCCCGAGGACGACGAGCCCGACGAGCCAAAGCCAGUGGUGCAGCGGCAGGCGGACGCCAACCCUGACGACUCUGCGGCCAAGCAGGAGGGGACAGGCAGUGGAGGCCCCGAUGGUUCUCGUGACUCCAGCUUCAGCAGCGGCAUCUCUUCAGCCAGCACAGAAAGGGCCCCGGUCGCCCUCCACCUUGAUGGGAUUGUGCAGGUCCUGAACUGCCACCUCAGUGAUAUGGCCAUCGGGAUGAUGACCAGGAUCGCCGUGCUGAAGUGGCUUUACCACCUCUACAUCAAGACCCCUCGGAAGAUGUUCCGGCACACGGACAGCCUCUUCCCCAUCCUCCUGCAGACGCUAUCGGACGAGUCCGACGAGGUUAUCCUGAAGGACCUAGAAGUGCUGGCAGAAAUUGCUUCCUCCCCUGCAGGCCAGACAGAGGACCCAGGCCCCCUCGAUGGCCCUGACCUCCGGGUCAGCCACUCAGAGCUCCAGGUGCCCGCGCCUGGCAGAGCUGGCCUGCUGACCGCUCCCAGUACCAAAGGCUUGGAGUGUUCUCCUUCCACUCCUACCAUGAACUCCUACUUUUACAAGUUCAUGAUCAACCUUCUCAAGAGGUUCAGCAGUGAACGGAAGCUCCUGGAGGUCAGAGGCGCCUUCAUCAUCAGACAGCUCUGCCUCCUGCUGAACGCGGAGAACAUCUUCCACUCGAUGGCAGACAUCCUGCUCCGAGAAGAAGACCUCAAGUUCGCCUCCACCAUGGUCCACACCCUCAACACCAUCCUGCUCACCUCCACAGAGCUGUUCCAGCUGCGAAACCAGCUCAAGGACCUGAAGACCCUGGAGAGCCAGAAUCUGUUCUGCUGCCUGUACCGCUCUUGGUGCCACAACCCGGUCACCACGGUGUCCCUCUGCUUCCUCACCCAGAACUAUCGGCACGCCUACGACCUCAUCCAGAAGUUCGGGGACCUGGAGGUCACUGUGGACUUCCUCACAGAGGUGGACAAGCUGGUGCAGCUGAUCGAGUGCCCCAUCUUCACAUAUCUGCGCCUGCAGCUGCUGGACGUGAAGAACAACCCGUACCUGAUCAAGGCCCUCUACGGCCUGCUCAUGCUGCUGCCCCAGAGCAGCGCCUUCCAGCUGCUUUCCCACCGGCUCCAGUGUGUGCCCAACCCCGAGCUGCUGCAGACCGAAGACAGUCUGAAGGCAGCCCCCAAGUCACAGGCAGCGGACUCCCCCAGCAUUGACUAUGCCGAGCUGCUGCAGCACUUUGAGAAGGUCCAGAAGAAGCACCUGGAAGUGAGGCACCAGCGAAGUGGGCGUGGGGACCACCUGGACCGGAGAGCUGUCCUCUGACAGGCCUGGUGUGGAGAAGGGCCCAAGGAGCGGUCGGUCCCAUGGAGCACACGGGAUCUCCAGGCCCCCUCCCCACAGAGCCCAAGGACCUGCCUCAGGCGCGGCUGGCCCUGCCACCAGCCUGGGGCUGGGGGGGGCAGUGGAGGCUGUUCUGUCCACCCAAACUCCUCACAGCCCAGCGCCCUGGGCCCCAGAGCCAUCCAGCAUUCUGAUAAAGCUGGCCCCAGGGUGGGGCCACAGCCUCAGAUGCCACCUCUCCUCCGGAAUAGGAUGCUUUCAAAUACCCUUUUGUGAAAGAGUGUGACCUCCCCAGCCCACCAGAGCUCUGGCCUCCUGCGAUGUCUAUACAGACUUGUCCACACGCGGGGGCCGGUGCAGAGGUCCAUGGGAAUGAUGCACCCCCUGCCCCAAUAAAUGAUGGAAAACCCUCGA